GGACACUGACUUGCCACGUACAAGUAAGUUUUAAAUAUCAUUGACUUCAAAUUGCGGGACUACCGGCAUAUUUUGAUUUCGCUACCUACCACUAGGCAUGUAAUGUAUUGUGAUGGUUUGGAGAAAGGACAUGUAGUAGGUUAAUUUUUAAUUAAUUCUGUAUUAUUUUAUGAAUCAGAGGAAUAUUAGUUGAUUUUGUUAGCGUAUAACAUUUUAUAUUCUAUAAAAAAUAUUUAUAUUAGGGGAAAAAAUCAAAAUCAAGAUGUUCUCACAUGGAGACCAUCCCAUGAUCUGUAUUUUCAUACUCAAUUUUUCCAAUCAAAUCUCCAUGGUCAAGAACUUCAAACUUAAUUUCCGUUAAAAUAAACAUCUGCUUCUACAUGAUACAAAAAAUCAUUUCAAUACUAAUCGAUCGAUAAAUCUUUUGGCGAUACGAUGGCGUAGAAAUUAUCUCCUAUAGUGUAGUAUAAGUCUCCUUCACAUAAUUUCCGUUAAUGCUUUCUGAUCAGACAUGUAUGAACAAACUCCGAGGUCAACUAAAGCAUUCAGCCAAGACCCGCCAUAUGGGAUACAUCCAUUUGUCAAAUGGCAGACUGUUGACCAAUCAACAUUUGCUUUCACGAACGAACAGCAAGCAAUCAUCCAUCCAUGGCGGCUUGAAGCACAUUCCCGGAAAUAGAUGAACAUAGCAAAAGCCAAAAACCAACGUUUCCCAGAAAACAAAAGCUCAAAAAAUGGCAGAAGAAAUUGAUGAAACAACCUCCAACAGGAGAACCCAACAACCUCUGCCGCUUCAGCUUCUUCCUAUUCUUAUCCUCUACUCCCUUCUUCUCCUCACUUCACCACUCCCGGCAGCUUCCGACUCCGCAUCCGAAGCCGCCGCUCUCCUCCGAUGGGCUUCCACCCUCAACGACCUCCGCCAAUCCAACAUCUCCACCUGGCCGGUCAACGCCACCCGCGCCGCCGCCACCCCCUGCCGCUUCGUCGGAGUCUCCUGCACCGCCGCCGGGAGCGUUCUCCGAUUGAACCUCACCAACUCCGGCCUAAACGGUACGCUGGAAGAUUUCCCCUUUUCCUCGCUCCCCGGCCUCUCGUACUUCGAACUGAGUAUAAACCAGCUCUACGGCAUCAUCCCGCCCGCAAUCGGCCAGCUCGCCAACCUCAUCUACUUUGACGUGUCCCUCAACCAGCUCUCCGGCGUCAUCCCGCCGGAAAUCGGCCUCCUCAGAAAGCUGGAAACCCUCCAUAUCAUCGACAACCAGCUGAACGGAUCGAUUCCCAACGAGAUCGGCCAGCUGGAGUCCUUGACCGAGCUCGCCCUCUACACCAACUAUCUCGAAGGCCCGCUUCCUUCUUCAAUAGGGAACUUGACCAGAUUGGAGCGCUUGUACCUCUACGACAAUGCUCUCUCCGGUCCAAUCCCGCCGGAAAUCGGUAAUUUGACCGAACUUACCGAGUUUUUCAUCGACACCAACAGGUUAUCCGGUACAAUUCCCGCCAGUUUCGGGAAAUUGACCAACCUGACUACUCUCUACAUGUUCAUGAAUUCACUUUCCGGCCGGAUUCCUGACGAAAUCGGGAACCUCAGGUCGCUGCAGUUCCUUAGCCUCCAUACCAACAACCUCUCCGGUCCAAUUCCUCCGUCUAUUGGCCGGCUGACAUCCCUGGUCCAGCUCCAUCUCUACGGCAACCAGCUCUCCGGCGGGAUUCCACCGGAGCUGGGGAACUUGGAGUCCAUUGUAGAUCUCGAGGUGAGCGAGAAUCGACUCACGGGCCCUGUUCCUGCUUCAAUUGGGAAUUUGAGCACAUUGGAAAUCUUGUAUCUUCGUGUGAACCGUCUCUCUGGUUCAAUCCCUAAGGAGAUAUCGAACCUCACCAAGCUCACGGUUCUCCAGCUAGACAGCAACAAUUUCUCCGGCGUUCUACCUGAGAACCUCUGUGGAGGUCAGCAAUCGCUGAUCAAUUUCACCGCCAAUGCCAACAACUUCUCCGGCCGUGUUCCUAGAAGCUUUAGAACCUGUCCAACCUUCGUCCGGGUUCGUCUGGAAGAUAAUCAGUUCACCGGGAAUAUUUCCGAUGACUUUGGUGUCUACCCAGAUUUGCAGUACAUUGAUCUCAGCCGAAAUAACUUCUUUGGUGAGAUAUCAUCCAACUGGGGAUCUUGCCCCAAUUUGGCUACACUUCUGAUUUCUGAGAACAACAUCAGGGGUGAGAUUCCGCCGGAGAUUGGUAACGUUUCUCGGCUGCAGGGGCUUAAUCUUUCUUCCAAUCAAUUAGUUGGUCAACUUCCCAUAGAGCUUGGAAAGCUGAGUUCUUUAGUCAGGCUAGCACUCUACGGCAAUCAACUCUCAGGGCCUAUCCCUCCAGAGUUGAGAUCAUUUACUGAGCUGGAGCUGCUCGAUUUGUCUUCUAACAGGUUCAACCAGUCAAUUCCGGCGAGCAUAGGUGAAUUUUCUCAGCUGAACUACUUAAAUCUGAGCAACAACCAGUUCGGGGAAAGCAUUCCAGAUCAACUGGGCAAUCUGAUUCAUCUGUCAAAUCUCGAUCUCAGCCGGAACUCGCUCACCGGCCCAAUCCCAUCGAGGCUGAGCUCCUUGGGAAGCUUGGAGUUCCUGAACCUGUCAAGGAAUAGCCUUUCUGGGUCAAUUCCAAAUGGGUUAGCACAAAUCCCCUUGCGCACCGUUGACAUUUCCUAUAACAGAUUGCAGGGUCCUCUUCCAAACAGUAGAAGCUUCCAAAACGCUUCGAUUGAAGAUGUACAGGGCAAUAGUGGCUUGUGUGGAAGUAUUGAGGGUCUACAGCCGUGCAAUCCUUCUUCUACUCCAGGAACCGGUUCAUCGAGGAAGAAGAGCCGUACGUUCUUGUUCUUGGUCAUUUUCCUGCCUGUGUUGGCCGUGGUUGUUGUGCUAUUAGCUUUGGGAAUGCUCUGCAUUCACCGGAAUGGCAGGGGAGAGGCAGAAACACAACCACUACAGCAGCAGCAGGAAGAAGACAUCUUGAUCACCCCUGGAUUCGAUGGGAAGAUCAUGUACUCCGAAAUCGUGAAAGCAACCGAGACCUUUGAUUCCAGGUACUGCAUUGGGAAGGGAGGUUAUGGUACGGUGUACAAGGCCAUGCUGCCAUCCGGAAUCAACGUGGCAGUGAAGAAGCUCCACGGUUUCCACGACAGCAAUGGGGCGCUUCAGAGGGAGUUCCUGAGUGAGAUCAAAGUGUUGACCGAGGUAAGGCAUCGCAACAUUGUGAAACUCUAUGGUUUCUGUUCUCACUCUAGACACUCCUUCUUGGUGUACGAGUACCUGGAGAGAGGGAGCUUAGCUUCAGUUCUGAGCCACGAUGGGGAAGCCACAGAGUUGGAUUGGUGGAAGAGGGUCAACAUUGUGCGAGGAGUGGCUCAUGCCUUGUCUUACUUGCACCACGACUGCACCAUACCCAUUGUUCAUCGAGACAUAACCAGCAACAACGUGCUGUUGGAUUCCGAUUACGAAGUCCGAGUUUCAGAUUUCGGGACUGCAAAGCUUCUCAACAUUGAUACCUCCCAUUGGACUGCACAGGCUGGCACCCGCGGGUAUCUUGCUCCAGAGCUGGCGUAUACAAUGAGGGUGACAGAGAAAUGUGACGUGUAUAGCUUCGGAGUGUUGGCACUGGAAGUGAUCAAAGGGAACCAUCCAGGGGAAACUGUAUUAUCAUUCGCCUCCUCCCCGACAGGCGCAGCAUUGCAGUUGGACAAUCUUCUAGACCAACGUCUUGUGCCUCCUUCGGUUCUGAUCAAGCAAGACUUAGAGAGUGUCUUGAGGGUAGCAGCAGCAUGUUUGAACGCCAACCCACAGGCUAGGCCGGAGAUGAGAUUGGUUUCUCAGAUGUUGUCAACUGAUCAAAUUGGUGUUCCACUGAUAGCAGUCUAGCUGGACUGUUGUCUGUCAAUUAGUGUAAUAUGUACUUGUAGGCUGGGUCAUUCAUACAAAAGAGUGUCAUGGCCAUUUUCUUCUUCGUGUUACACGAUCGGCAUCGUCAUUUUUCCCCUUGUGGUGUGAAUUGAGAAAUCUGUUCAAAUGUUCCAGGUCUCUGAAUUGUCUUUUUGUCUUUCUCCUUUGAUCCUCUUUGUCUUUUUGCAAAGAAAAAGUAGACUUCUAUAGACUCAGGAACUGGCCGCAUUGUUCCCUGAAGAUCCCAAAAUGGACAGCACCAAACUUUAAGUGAUGGAAUCCUACAAAAAAACAUGAGGAAUCGGGAAAAAGAACCAACCAAACUAGCAGAUGAAAGGAAGCCUAAAUACAGAGUAUGCAACAAC